AUGAGAAUUCAGAAUGAAGCACCGCCUUCCGGUGGCCGGCUAGCUCCAAUAGCCAGCUACCCGGAGGCAGCGGAGCACCAGCAGACGUGCGCAAUCGGACAUGCGAUUUGUGCGGCCUGCCAUGGUAUGCUCCUGAACAAGGACAAGUGCUAUGUGUGCUCCAUCACCGGUGGCUAUAACCGAUGCAUUGUGGUCGAGCAGAUCCUCGAGUCCGUCCAGGCCGCCUGCUCCAACACCAAGUACGGUUGCACCGUCAAGACGCAUUACCACGAGCUCAAGGACCACGAGAAGUUGUGCCCGCAUGCGCCGUGCUUCUGCCCUGAAGCCGGUUGUGACUUUGCCGGCUCAACCAUGGAGCUCCUCUGCCAUCUCAUCGAUGACCAUGACUGGCCGUCAACUGAGUUUGAGUACGGCCGGCGUUUCAAACUGCAGAUUCAGGAAGGAAUGCAUGUUCUCCACACACAAGAGGUUGGUCCCCUGUUCCUGGUGAAAUUCACGCCGUUGCCGCCUUUCGGCAAUGCCACCUCCACCUUGUGCAUAGAUCCUCAUGCCGUGGCAGCGGAGCGCAAGUUCAAAUGUCAAGCUGGUUUCCACAGUGACGCCAUGCCUUGGAAGCAGUAUUCAGAUUUCCACAUCAGAAGCACCAAUCUCUCCAACGGCUUACCAACGGAGGAUGGCAGCUGCUCAUUCGUUGUGCCAAAUGCUCCUUCUGACCAGCCCACCGCUGCUUGCUUCUCCGUCAGUAUCGAUAAGAUAUCUCGUGGCAGCAUGUGCUUAACUGGCAGUAUGUGA